AUGGGAAAAAUCAUCAUUUAUGAGCAUGCCAACUUCCAGGGUCUGUCCAAAGAAUUCACCACUAACAUUUCCGAUCUAAAAGAUGCAGAUUGGAAUGAUGUUGUCUCGUCAGUGAAAGUCGUUGGCCGGCCUUGGGUGGUUUAUGAGCAUCAGAACUACCAAGGCCGAUUCCUGGUAUUUGAGGAGGGAGAACAUAGCUUUGUUGGUAAAGAUAUGAAUGACAAGAUCAGUUCUCUGCAGGUGAUCACUGAAGAUCUGCACAAUCCCCAGAUCACUCUCUACGAACACGUCAAUUAUCAAGGGAAGAGCAGAGUAAUAAGACAAACAACCAACCUGGCUGCAGGACACUACAAUGACAUGAUCUCUUCUCACAAAGUCCAGAAAGGUGUCUGGCUGCUGUGUGAAAACAGCGAUGGAAGUGGAAUUCAAUACCUUGCACGAGAGCACGAACACCUUCCAAAUUACAAGGCAGUUGAUUUCAAUGACAAGCUUUCCUUCCUGCGUCCCCUGCGCCCUGGCUGUGGCUGUUAG